AUGGCUUUCCAUAUGGCAACAGAAUGGCAUGCGGGAGAGGAAGAAAUUCACAAACGUCUACGAGUACCUCAGGGCGAUAAUCCAACCUCACCAUUUCUUUCACCCUUUGCUGCCAAUCUUCUAACGCGAUCACCGUUACUCGCCGUCGGCACACUCGAUUCGUCCGGCAGACCAUGGACUACGUUAUGGGGCGGAGAAGCUGGUUUCACCUGGCCCGUCGCGCAGUCUGUUAUUGCUGUGAAAGCUACAAUUGACCUUGAAUAUGACCCUGUCUCUGAAGUGUUACUGGGCAAGAAUGCGAAUGGACAAGUUAAACACGAACAACCGCCUGGGAGAAUGAUUGGUGGUCUUGCGAUCGACCUUGAAUCUAGGAAGAGGGUUAAGUUAUAUGGUAGGAUGGCUGCAGGUGCAUUGAAAGAGACUGCUGGACAUGCUGUGGCAGAAGCGUCAUUGAUUGUUAAGAUUGAGCAAAGUUUAGGCAAUUGUCCCAAGUACCUCAACAAAAAACACAUCAUUCCUCGAUUACCAAAGCCUACACUCGUCUCAACCACAUUGCCUCUUCCUAAAGAAGCGAUUGAUUUGAUAACACGAUCCGACCUGUUCUUCAUUUCAUCCUCGAAUCAUGAUUCGGACAUGGAUACAAAUCAUAGAGGUGGACCACCGGGUUUUGUACGAAUCUUGUCCAACGAUAGUGAUGGACUUAUAAUUGUCUACCCUGAGUAUUCUGGUAACCGUCUUUAUCAGACGCUAGGGAACCUUGCAACGACACCUCAAGCAGGUUUAGUAUUCCCAGAUUUCAAUACUGGUGAUGUCGUAUACCUUACUGGUAAAACGGAAAUACUUGCCGGGGAAAAGGCGACCAACUUGAUAACACAUACCAACCUUGCAGUCAAGAUUUAUGUGGAAGAUGUUAGAUAUGUUACUGAUGGGUUAAGUUUUCGAGGUGAAGAAGGUGAACGCUCACCGUACAAUCCUCCCGUACGCUUUCUAGCUUCCGAGGCAGCUGCUGGAGUAAAAGAUAUGGGCAAGAAAAUGCACGCAAAACUUUUGGAAAGGAAAGUCCUGUCACCAACUGUGGCCAGGUUCCGAUUCAAGAUUUUGGAUGCAGAUAAAACCCGUCGUUGGAAGCCUGGCCAAUAUGUCGCAUUGGACUUCAAGGAUGAACUUGAUAUCGGCUAUAGUCACAUGCGUGACGAUGAUCCAAAGAGUUUGAACGACGAUUACAUACGAACCUUUACUGUCUCUUCUUCCAAGGAUCCUACAGAUACAUAUGAACAAUUCGAAAUUACAAUCCGCAAGGUUGGAAUUGUCACAAAUUUCCUCUUUCGUCACAAUAUCAGAUCAGAGUUGGAAGUACCACUCAAUGGAUUUGGAGGAGAAUUUUUUAUUGACCAAGGCUCUGAAGGAAAAGUUUCUUUUGUUGCUGGGGGUGUGGGAAUUACACCACUCCUUGCUCAAGUUUCCGAGCUGGAUUUAUUACGAUUGCAACUUUACUGGACCUCAAAAGCAAUUUCCAACAUCAAAAUUAUCCUCAACAAUCACAAUUUGAAGAACCCAACCAACAUAAUGGCAGCCAAUAACGUUCAUUCCACUCCUAUCCAACCUAAAUAUGUCCUCCGCAACCCCUUGGAAGUUGAUAACAACACCAAGAGCAUCCAAUUGAUCCGAAUCAAAGACAAUGAAUCCUUCCUCGGUUUUCCCAUCCCCAACGAAAAAGUAUCAACCCUUAACAAACCAGGAUGGAAAACAAGUCUCGCCUCUGCCAUCCUCCCCGUAGCCGGAGUCCCCAUCUCCCGCAUCCUCAACCAUCCAAACAUCAUCGGUCUCGUCGACAUAAUCCACACCGACUCCCUCGCCGGAUGUACCAAGCACGCCGGCGUAACAGCUAACAUAGCCGUCUACGAAGACAUGAAUCAAGGCUCCCUAGACCUCAUCCUCCCCAACCCAGAAAACUACCCCAAAUUCAACAAUCUCCCUGCCUGGCGCGCCCUGGCCACUCCAAACCCUAACCGCUUUUCCCUCCCUGAAAGCUUAUGCUGGCAUGUCUUGUCGAAUAUUAAUAAAGCCCUCUUGUGGUUACAUGCGGGAGUCAAACAGACGGAUUCAAAAGAUGAUUGGCAGAAACAUGAUGAUGAUUGGCAACCGAUAUUGAUUCGGGAAGUGAGUCCUAAGCAGAUCUGGUUUAAGAGGACGGGGGGUGGAGCUACAUAUGGGGAGUGUAAGUUAGGGGGAUUUGGAAGGGCUGUCGUGACGGGGUUUCCUGGGGGAAAUGUGGCGAAGGGUGAGAGGAAGGAGGGGAUGGAGUGGUGGUUUCAACCUCCGGAACAACUAGCCGGAAUCGAAAGCUGGGGACCCGCCUCAGAAAUCUGGUCACUAGGCGCAACAAUCUACACAAUGAUGACAGGGAUUCCCCCAGCCCAACAAUUCGACUACUAUUACGUCAUGUCGCGGAUGAGCGAUAAAACAUAUACGCGGGGACUUAAAGAAAUCAUAGCCGCGAUGCUAAAGGUGCGCAGUGUAGAUCGUCCGACUACGGCGCAGUUGGUGGGAAGAAUCGAACAGGGUUGGGAGGAGUGGAGGGAGUCGGAUGAUGCGGUUGGGUAUGUGGAUUGGAGGGAUAGGAGUAGGGGGAAGGAGGUUAAUUUGCAGGGGGAGGUGGAGGAGAAGGGGAAGCCGGGUUGGGGUAUUGUUUAG